ACUGUCCAAAGGGGAUAUUCUCUAUCCAUUUUGGAUAAUGGCCACUAUUUGCGUUAUCCAACAAUUGUGUUAACAGCUGAAGGAAGGAAACAGUCUUUAUUUCUGGACAUCAAGGUACGACUGGUCAUAGCCGAAAAAGCUCUGAAAUGUGAAGAGCAUGAUGUGAGUCUUCCCUUAAGUGAGCACAAUGAGCCGUGGUUUAUGCGACUGAACCCCUCAGGGGAAGUACCUGUGCUUGUUCAUGGAGAAAAUAUUAUUUGUGAAGCCACACAGAUUAUCGAUUAUUUGGAACAAACAUUUAUUGAUGAUAAAACUCCUAAACUAAUGCCGCAAGAAGGAAGCAUGUAUUUCCCUCGUGUGCAGCACUACAGAGAGCUUUUGGAUUCCUUACCUAUGGAUGCGUAUACUCAUGGCUGCAUUCUUCAUCCUGAAUUAACUGUAGACCCAAUGAUACCGGCAUAUGCAACAACUCGAAUCCGCACUCAGAUUGGUAGUACUGAAUCAGAACUCAAGAAACUUGCUCAGGAAAAUCCAGAUCUCGAAGAUGCCUACAUAGCAAAACAAAAGCGUCUUAAGGCAAAAUUGCUGGACCAUGAUAAUAUAAAGUACUUAAAGAAAAUACUAGAUGAAUUAGAAAAAGUCCUGGACCAGGUUGAAACUGAAUUGCAGAGAAGAAUUGAAGAGACACCAGAAGAAGGAAGUGAGUCAUGGUUGUGUGGAAAUUUUUUCAGCCUGGCAGAUGUUUCAUUGGCUGUGACUUUACACCGGCUGAAAUUCCUUGGAUUUGCAAGAAGAAAUUGGGGCAAUGGAAAACGUCCAAAUUUAGAGGCGUAUUACGAACGUAUCUUGCAAAGAAAGACCUUUAACAGUGUACUAGGGAAUGUCAACAACAUAUUAAUAUCUGCUGUGUUACCAACUGCUUUCCGCGUGGCCCGCAAACGUGCACCUUCUUUUCUGGGUUCUACUCUGAUGAUCAGCUUAUUAGCAGGUGCAGGAUAUUUUUUGUUUAUGUGUGUAAGAAAGCGAUUAUUUCAUACAUUCUUGUCUUUUAAGGCAAAGUAUUUUUUCUAGCUUAUUAAUACUAUUUAUAGUGUAAUAUAAGUUAGAGCUAAUCAUAAGAUUUGCAUCAGCAGACUCACUCAAUAGAUCAAAUUAUGGGAUUUUCAGCUUUUAAAAUAACACUAUGAUGGGCACAUCUAGUGGUUCCAAAAACAAACAAACCACAGUUUAAUGAAGAAUUUUAACUAAUGUGAACAUUUAUAGUUACCAUUCUAAUAAAACUGCAACAUUCUUGAGUAACAUUACAUGUAAACAAUGCAUAUUUUUAAAAUAAUAUCAAGUUUGCGUGCUUAUGUUUGUAUAUUACAUAAUGAAAUAUAUUUGUUUGCACAAACUUUAAUUAUAAUUAUUAGCUUGAUUCACAUAAUUUGGUAUAUAAUAAAUAAAAUUGUACAGUGAUAUAA